AUGGCCUUCGAGGCCUUUGACAAAAAAACGCACGUGAUGAUGGCCAGGUGCCGUGCUCAAUGUCUCAAUCAGUUCUAUGUUUUUGGGUCGGAAAAUAAUUGCUUCGACGACGGCGAAUGCUGGAUGUGCUGGGAUUCCUGCAGUCUGGUCUACAAGAGAUACAAAGCGUGGGCGCCCUUGUGUAAUAAUAAACACCUUUGCUUUCCUGGUUGUCAGGAAGCAUGCAACUUCCGUCGCUUACAUUCCAACUACACCGAGACGACAAAAAAUAUGGACGUCCAUCCCAUGCCGCCACUAAAAUAUAGCUACAGAAAAGCGGAUGAUGCGAUCCAUUUCGACUGGUCAGUUUCCGAAACGAAGCAGAUCCGAGGCAAGCCAUUGGUUUACGUUCUGCUAAUACUGGAUCAACUUACUUCAAACUGGCAGCAAUUAACGCAGACGUUCUACACGAACGUCACAAUGCGGCGUGGACUUCUCAAGUUGUCAUCAAAACUUCAACUAACUGCUUAUAGCCCCAAUGGCCAAGUAGGUCAGAUAGAGCAAUGGUGUUCUGACUUUGAUUUCCAUAGCGAAAACAGCAGAGAGACCCUUCGGGACGAAGGAUACCUCGAAGAUAGCGCGCGUCAACGUCACCAAGGCGAUGUUUCGCUUGAGUUAGAAAAUCACCGAAGUCAAUGGAUGCCCGUACUUCAGGCUCUGCGCCAUUCAACUAAACAUCUAGGUGGAAUUGAUGCUGUCCUAAGCUGGUCGCGUGUAUCUUAUGACGCAGAUAUUCGGUAUGAAGUUCAGUGGAAACGGACCGAGCAAGCGCUCGACAUCACCGGACAGUUGACAACAUAUAACAACGUUGGAGUUGUCACCCUGUGGCCGAACAGUAUUUAUCAGGUGAGUGUCCGAGCUUUUGUUUUUGGGUCACUCCGCCCUGUGGCCGAAAGCAAAACUCUCAUCGUGGACACGGCCACACACACGUCGGGUUCACGCCCGCUAAUCGAAACUUGCUCCGGUUGCAUAUCCCCUCAGUAUAUUAUCGGAGUGGGCUUGUCGAUCGCAACGAUUUUCAUCAUCAGCAUCUUUAUGGCUGUUAGGGUUAUAAAGAGGGUCUGUAGCCAGUGGCUUUCGUCGAACACCACACCAAAGACAAGCACAUCUGUUUCGAGCAAAUCGGGCAAGAAGCAGUCGCUUUCGAAUAGACAUGCGUCGGUGAAAAAGCAACUGUCAGCGUUAAGUGCUCGAAUCUCUCAAGAUUCUCGCAGUUCCACAGCCAAGCAUGAUAGGCUAGUAGAGGAAGAGGAUCCAUCGACUGUAUUUGAAAAACGUUCAGACAAUGACUGCAAUAUCUAA